AAACACUGAACUGAAUGAACUCAACAUGUUUUUAAAAACAAUUGUCAUUGUCGUCUUGAUGUUAACACUAACGACAAAAUUGUUAGCAAAUGUGAGUAAAAGUCAAGUAACACCUGUCAGAGGUUUGGGCAAGAAAAUGUGUGAUUCAUUGCAGGACAGAAUUAUUCGGAGGGUUGCCACUUUGGCUCCGCCUCUAACUAGGGACCGGCAUAAGGGACAAGCUGGUCGAAUCGGAAUAUUUGGCGGGAGUAUUGAAUAUACUGGCGCUCCAUAUUUCUCCUCAAUCAGUGCCCUGAAAGUUGGAGCAGACCUAUCAUAUGUUUUCUGUAACAAGGAAGCGGCAACAGUAAUCAAGUCUUAUAGUCCUGAGUUAAUAGUACUACCCGUUCUCGAUGAUUCGGAGGCAAUUGAAAAAAUUGAACCGUGGUUGGAAAGAUUGCAUGUGGUUCUUAUUGGCCCUGGUUUAGGUCGCCAGGAAAAAACUUUCAGGGUUAUCGAGCAAGUCAUUGAAAGCUGUAGGAACAAAAGAAAACCAAUGGUAAUUGACGCCGAUGGCCUUUUCUUGAUUUCACAAAAACCAGAAAUUAUAAAAAAUUACCCUGCACCAAUCAUUCUGACCCCGAACGUAAUGGAAUUCAACAGACUGGUUCAACGAAAUGAUGGCGAUGGUACGAAGCUGGAACGCUCUUCAAAUUUUCUCAAAAAUCUUGGAGGUAACAUAACCCUUCUCUGCAAAGAUGCCGAGGAUGAAAUAAUCAGCAACGGCACGGUUGAAAUUGUGAAAGGAGGAGGAUCUGGGAGGAGAUGUGGGGGCCAAGGGGAUCUUCUAGGAGGGGCUUUGUCAACUUUUUUCGCUUGGGCCGUUAUGAAAGGCGAAGAUGCGAAUGUUGCUUGCUACGCAGCUGCCAAGCUUACAAGGGAGUGUAACGCGAGAGCUUUUGCUAAGUUUGGGAGGAGUAUGACUACGACGGAUAUGAUUGAAGAGAUUCACGGAGUAUUUGCAGAUUACUUUGAAUUGGAAUAAAAUCUUAUGAUGUG